CAGAACUGUGAAAAAAUGGCGACAACCACGUUCCGUCAUCGUCACCCUCAUAGAUUUCAGGUUCACCCCCUCAAAUAUAUAUUGUCACAAUCACCACUAGCCCUCGCCAGAGAGCCGAAACACCGCCACCAACAGCGUCUUCAUUUUCCGCAUCAAUCAUUGCCUCCGUAGCCACUCUUCUUCUUCCUCCUCUUGUCCAUGACACUCCUGAUCCAAACCCAACACGACACCAAUGCAAAUGCGCACCCCUUCUGAUCUCCGCCGCUCCCUCCUACUUAUCUCUCUUCUGUUGCUCCUCCUCGUUGCCGUCGCAUCUGGGUUCGGAUCGAUGGGGACAAUCUCCGCCGCGUUCGGCGACGAUGGCUUCUUCUGUGCCAUCGACGCCAGCGGCAAGCAGAGCGUGAUCUGCUGGAGCAAGAACAGCUCGUCGACGUCGUCCUCCUCUUCGGCCUCCCCCUUCAGCGACAUUCCCGAGAUGGCGGCCCUCUCCGGCGGCGAAGGCUUCCUCUGCGGACUCUUGGCGAACACCUCGCAGGCGUACUGCUGGAGCGACGGUGACCCAGGUAAAGACCUCGUCCCCGCCGUCCAUCAGACCACUGCUUAUUCCCACAUUGCUGCUGGAAAGGAUCACGUCUGCGCCGUCAGAGGAUCUUACUAUUCUGAGCACGAUUGGGGUACUGUUGACUGUUGGGACUUCGUGGGAUCCACGAAUCAGAGCUCGGGCUCUGUCGAGAGUUCCUUGUUCUCUGAUCAGUAUAUUAGCAACCUUGUCUUUAGGAAAGUCGUUGCGGGGGAAGGAUUUAGCUGUGGCGGUGUAAGAGAAGGUGGCGUGGUCUGUUGGGGACCCAAGUCAGCAGAUUUAGGGGUUGCAGGGGUGUCGGAUAGUUUCGCAGUAUUAGCUUCAGGGAAAGGUUCUCUUUGUGGAAUUGUGGAAGGUUCCGGUGAGGUCAAAUGUUGGGGUGAUAACAGUUCAUUUGCCGGUCAUCCUGCCGGAACCCGGUUCAUUUCGUUGGGCGCGGGCUCUCUCCACUUUUGUGGGAUCCGCGCGGACAAUCACGAAGUUGAAUGUUGGGGCAACUACAAUUCUUCUCUAGUUCCCAGGGGUUCUGGGUUCCUUGCAAUCGCUUCGUCGGAUUUUACUGUCUGCGGCAUUAGGGAAGUUGAUCUAGUACUUGAUUGCUGGUUCUCUAACACUUCCUCGGUCUUCGAUUAUGAUCCUCCGCUGGAAUUGUGUAGUCCCGGUCUCUGUACAGCUGGAUCGUGCAGUGACGGGCAGUUCGCUUUCAAUGCGAGCAUUCUGAAUGAGCAGGGAUUGACAAGCUUAUGUGCUCGAAGAGAUCUGAACAUCUGUUCGCCUUGUGGGUUAAAUUGUUCUGAAGGUUUCUUCUUGUCCAGCCCAUGCACCGCUCACGCUGAUAGAAUAUGUACUCCUUGUUCUCUUUGCCAGAACAGUUCAUGUUGGAAAGUUUGCAGCCUUCCGUCUUCUAAAGAAAUGCAGCUAAAGCAUUUCCAUCAGCAGCGCAAGCUAUUGAUUAUAGUAGGAUGUUCUGCUUCCGGACUGCUAUUGAUAUUGAUAUGCUCGUUGCUCCUUCCUCGUGUGGUUGCCAAUCUGAAAAAGGAGGGGCCGAAGAAUCAAUUUUCUUUUUGCAUAGGCAAGAAAGAGAAGGAGAUGGAAACGAGUGACGAUUCGCAUCCACCUCUGGUUUCGGCUUCGAGUGUUGGACUUGCCCAAGUUUUUCGACUUGUAGAGGUAAAGGAUGCGACAAAUGGCUUCAAGGAGUUUAAUGAGCUGGGGCGAGGAAGCUAUGGUUUUGUCUACAAAGCUGUCCUUCCAGACGGUCGGCAGGUUGCAGUGAAGAGGGCAAAUGCGGCGACGAUCAUCCACACUAAUAGUAGAGAGUUUGAGAUGGAAUUGGAUAUCCUUUGCAAAGUUCGGCAUGCAAAUAUUGUGAACUUGUUGGGUUAUUGUUCAGAAAUGGGGGAGAGGCUCUUGGUUUAUGAGUUUAUGCCACAUGGGUCGCUUCAUGAUCACCUCCAUGGCGGGCUUUCCCCAUUAAACUGGACCCUCAGGUUGAGGAUUGCUAUGCAGGCUGCGAAGGGGCUUGAAUAUCUUCAUAAAGAAGCUGUGCCUCCAAUAGUCCAUCGAGAUGUCAAAACUUCAAACAUCCUGCUUGAUGCCGAUUGGGUUGGACGAAUUGCAGAUUUUGGGCUUGUUACUUCAAGUGAGAGGGAAGUAAGUGAAGAUAUAAAGAGCGAUAUAUACAACUUCGGCAUUGUACUGCUAGAGAUUCUCAGUGGAAGAAAAGCUUAUGAUAUUGAUUAUGCGCCUCCUAACUUAGUGGAAUGGGCGGUUCCUUUAAUCAGAAGGGGUAAGGCAGCCGCCCUAAUUGACAGAUAUGUGUCUCUCCCUAGAAAUGUUGAGCCUCUGCUCAAACUUGCGGAUAUGGCAGACCUGGCUCUUCGUGAUAAUCCAAAUGAGCGUCCCUCAAUAUCAGAGAUUGCAUCUUGGUUGGAGCAAAUUGUGAAGGAUGGAUUGAUCUUUUGAUGCCUCAUUGAAUCCCAAGGUUUUCGAGCAAGAAUGAACGGGCAUAUUGUGAAUGGGAAGAUCAUUCAAUUGGGUACUGCUCCACGGCAACUGUACAUUUUUUUUUAAUGAGAUGCUUGUACAUGAUAUUAUAUGCAAUGAUCCUUUACUUUGCGUUUCAAUGAUUCUUUCUCAUUCCUGUCCUCUUGAACCUUCACAAAGUGAAGGAAUUGUAAUCUUUCAUGCAGUUUUUCACACAUUCUCUUCUUUUUGGAGAUUUUUGUUUUCUGAUUUUGCCCUUGAUGUAGAAAUG